GCAAAGCAUACACACAUCAGACGCUACACCUUUUAAUGGGCGACUGCGCAGUAGACAAUUCAGCCAUCUAUGUGGCCGUGUACCUCGCACAAGCAUACCAGGCAUUUCUCCGUCUUUGUAUCGCCGUUGGUGUUGUGCGUCUCUUUACCCUUCAGCAGACGCGUGUAUCUCUCUUUCUUUAUCAUCGCUUUCUCCUAUAUAUUUCUUCUCGCUCUCGUGGCAAACGCUUGAUGGUACGCCAAUACUCAGGGACGUAUGACGCGUAUAACAAACUCUUCGAAUUGAAUAUUAUUUCAGAACAAAACAACUUCUAUUUUGUGCAUCAUAAACGCUACGCUUAAUCGUUCCAAGUAGAUUAUAAUGUAUUAAAAAAUUCACCCACGAAAAAUGAAGCAUUUGUCAGUGUUAUCUAUUCACUAGUAUUCGCGACAAAAAUUCUUCGUAAAAAUCCAUUUAUCUAUUCAGCUAUAAACAGAAAAUCGUUGAAAAUCGUGAUACGAUUCGUUUCGUCGAAUCGUUUGAAAUUAUAGUUUUUAAACGUCUCACGAAGAUGGUGGUAUAUCGGCCGAAGGAAUUCUCGCAGAAACAUAAACGACGAAAGAAAGAAACAUGUUGGUAGGCCGUAGCCGCGGGCACCCGCAUAGUAUACGUAUUAUUUCGUCCCUGGUAGUGCUGCCGGCUGUGGAUGCAGGCGAGAACGUGCGCAGCUGUAAAACGUGAGUCGCUGCGCUCCGCAGCUGAUGCGGUUCGUUGUUGUCCGUGUUUGUAUUUGUUUGGAAAAAUGCGACAGAACACCAAUGAAUUUCGACAGUAUUAUUACUGCCAUUUGAACGGACUAGGCACGUAUGUGAUUCGGCAAAUAUAUUGCGAGUGAUAGUGACGCACAAUAGGGCAAACAUUCGAAAUGACAUCAAAUAUUUGCAAAAAUAAACAAUUUCAAAAGUGAAGUAAAAAUAAGUUUAAACUUCAACAUUGUUGAGUUCAGGAUUGUCCUUUGCAGUUGGUUUUUAAUAUCAUUCACAAAUUACAUUUGUAACAAGUUGUUCAGAAUACAAAGAUUCAUCUUAGUAACAAUUCCCAUCUUGAGGACAAUAGGUAUUUCGAAAGAAAGAUAGACAAAGAGUUCCCAUCGGCAUAUGCUUUGUACCCUGUGGCUCCUUUGCGAGGAAGAAAUUGUGAAAGAAGUGUCAUGUUUAUUGAUAACAUUUUGCGCGAACGUGCGUUUUAUUCGAAGCAAUAGAUACUAAUUAAAAAAGCAAAGAACAAUGCAUCGUGUCAUUUUGCCUGAGAAUAUUGUAGAUAUAAAAAAAAAUUACACGUAGAAAGUUCCUUACUUUGAUACCACUUGAAAACACGAUAUUUUGUUGUUGAUAUGUGCACAUAUUUUGAUAUUUAAAGUCGCUAGCAUGGUGGAAUUAAAAGAUGCGAUUUACACGAAAGUUAUUUGACGAACCUGUUUGUGUUGUUCUGUUCAUCUGGUAAUAAAAAUUUAUAUAAGAAAAAAGUAUAUUCUAAGCGUGCACCAACACCCCGCUAAAAUGUGUGUAAUGUAACGGAUGUAUAUAUUUCUUAAAGCAACGACAGGGCUAACUCCAUUAUGGAGGCACUGCGUUUAGCUAUACAGACACGGCUAGGGGAGAGGAUGGUUAGUAUGAGCUCUAUGCUCGUGGAAACAGUUAGUAUAAACUAUGAAGAUUUUAAUGAAAGUUUUUUAACAUGCGGCACAUGUCUUUGUGUUUAUGAUGGUGGAGAACAUACUCCCAAAUUAUUACCAUGUUCACACACGGUAUGUUUACACUGCUUAACAAGAAUUGCUGCGUCUCAGACUCGUGAGACCGGUGCCUUUCGAUGUCCUAUUUGCAGAGAAUUAAUAACAAUUCCUCGUGGUGGAGUAGCUGCUUUACCACCUAGUUUCCUAGUGAAUCAAUUACUUGAUCUCAUGUCCAGACAAAGACGGGAGGUUAUUCCAAAAUGUUCAGUCCACAUAAAUCAAGAAUUGUUAUUUUGUGAAACAUGUGAUACAGUGUUUUGUACAGUAUGUACAGGUGGUAAUCAUGCAGGAACAUCUCCAGGAUGUACUGAGCAUACUAUAAUACCAUUUAGUAUUGCAAUAAAGAGGAUGUCUGAGAUCUUACUCUAUAAAGCUAAUGAAUGUAUAUCCAAGUUAACACAAGCUCAAGAUUCUGUGAAUACAGAAUUACAACGUUUGGAAGCUUCAACAGAGAGGUGUUUGAGUGCCGUAGAUACUGAAUUUGCUGAAAUUAUAUCAAAAAUUGAAAGGAGACGUUCAGAAUUACAAGCAGCUGUUACUGCUGCUGCAAGAGAUAAGAAACAUGUGUUAGAGGAACAACAUGCUCUGAUAGAAGCUGAAAAAAAUAAAGUGCAACGAGAAUGUGAAGGCUUACAAUAUCAGGUUGAAGUUCGAAAUAUUACACAAAGAAUUGGUAGUUUAUCUGACCAACUCGAUGCGGCAUCAGCACUUAGUGAACCUAAAGAAAAUGCUUUUAUAACUUUUGAAUUUAAUCACAAUAAUGCUCUUUCUCAAUUAGAGGAAGCUCUUAAUAACUUGGGAAGAGUACGUUCUAGUACAACAUUGCCAGGCUUAUGCAGAGCCCGGUUAAGAGACCCCGCCAUAGCGAAACUACAAGCAGCUAUAAUAGUAGAAACUAUUGACUAUCAUGGACAUCCUAGAAAUGUUGGAGGAGAUCUUAUUGCUGCAGAAUUAACCUUAGCAGAUAGUAUCCAUUCAGAAAACCAAAGUUCCAAUAUUGAUACUGAAAUUAUAGAUUUAGAAAAUGGUACAUACGAAGUAUUGUUCCGACCCCCAUCUGCAAGCCGCUAUAUCUUAAAGUUGUCAGUUUUCGAGCGACCUAUUAAAGAUUAUCCUUUAUUUUUUGAUGCAACUGAACAUAAUGAACCUAUUAAAAUAUAUGGAAGACGAGGAAUUGGGAAAGACGAAUUUCAUCAACCAGUUGCAGUUGCUGUUGAUGAUGAUGGCAUGAUAUAUAUUUUAGACACUGGGAAUUCACGUAUAAAGAUACUCAAUUGUGAUUUGGAGUUUCAAAGGCAUAUAACUAACGAAGGUCUUGAAGGACGUAGUUGUACAGGAAUUGGUAUUUCUCAACAAGGUAUUGUUGUUGUCAAUUGGAGAACGAGAAAAGUAACUGAAAUGAGUUCUCUAGGAGACACUAUUAAAUCUUUUUCCCAUAAUGCAUUUCAAGAACCCAUUGAUGUUGCAGUAGAUAGAAGUUAUGGUCAUAUACUUGUUGCAGAUAAUGGUCAAAGUUGUGUUUUUGUAUUUGAUUCUGAUGGCAAAAUUCUCUUUCAGGUUGGAAAAAGAAGUACAUUCAAAUUGAUUACUUCUGUAACUGUUGGACCUAGCGGUGAAAUUGUAGUUGCUGAUAGUCGUAUACAAGUAUUUUCCGCUAAAGGAGACUUUUCUGAGGAAAUUUAUUCAGAAGGCAAAGGAAGAGGUACUUAUGGAGGCCUUGCUGUUGAUGCAGAAGGCAGAAUACUUGGAACUCGCACCGAUAAAGGUCGCAGUAUAAUUCAAGUUUUAAAGUUAGGAGGAGGUAAUAUUUUAACUGAAAUUGAUUCGCAUAGCUCAAAACUACGACGUCCUUCAGGUAUUGCGGUACUACCUGACAAUCACUUAGUAGUUGUAGACUUGGGAAAUGAUUGUAUAAAGAAAUAUAGAUACUGGUAAAAACAGUUGA